CCCGUCUCCGGCAUCUACUACUUCGCCUACCACGUGCACGUCAAAGGGACUAACGUCUGGGUGGCACUUUACAAGAACAACGUGCCCGCCACCUACACCUACGACGAGUACAAAAAGGGCUACCUGGACCAGGCCUCGGGCAGUGCCGUGCUUGAACUCAAGGAGAACGACCAAGUCUGGGUACAAAUGCCCUCGGACCAGGCCAAUGGGCUGUACUCCACGGAAUACAUCCACUCCUCCUUCUCCGGGUUCCUGCUCUCUAGCUGUAUCUAUAAGCCCUCAGGAUCCUUUACCUCUUGA